AUGGAUGUCCAUGCUCUUGACCAGGAGUUCUUCCUCGUCAAGCUCGGGAAUGACCAGGAUUACUUUAAGGCUUUGACAGAUGGCCCGUGGAUUAUUUUUGAUCACUACCUCAUUGUCCAGCAAUGGUCUCCAUCUUUUCGGGUUUAUGAUAAACUCCCAAGCACUAUGGUGGUUUGGGUUCAGCUGCCGGGUUUCCCAGUCCACUUCUAUCACAAGGAAAUCCUGUUUUCGAUUGGCAACAUGAUUGGUAGAUCGAUUAAACUCGACUACCACACACAGAAUCAACAAAGAACUAAGUUCGCCCGUUUGGCGGUUGAAGUCGAUCUUGCCAAGCCUCUGGUGCCUCGGAUCCGCCUCGACGGUAAAUGGCAGAAGGUGGAGUUUGAGAACCUCCCUACUGUGUGUUUUGAAUGCGGAAGAGUGGGUCACACAAAGGUUACGUGCCCGCAGCUCCAUCAGCCGAGGCUUCCCGCUACGCAAACUGGUGGUUCCCCUCCUUUGAUAGGCGCCGGCGAGUCUGAGACGCCGGAGGUGAGCGGCGGCUUCGGCCCGUGGAUGAUAGUGACGCGAAGAUCCAGGCGAAACCAGCGGGAGUUACCAAAUCAGGAGAUGCAGCCAAUAACUAAUGGCGCUGAUCACGAAAAUCUCAAGGCGCAGAAGGGGAAAGCAGCGCAACAACAGGAAUCCGCGGAAGGAAACUCUCCCCGUCAAGAGGCAGUUAAUUCCCGACAAUAUCAGAGGAGCCCAAAUCAGAACAAAUCUUCAGGGAACAGGGAAGGGGAUAAUCUCCGGAGGGGAAAGGAAGGAAAUGGCAAGAAUAAAGGAAAGGAGAAGGUGGAUAGCAACGGGUCUGCAGGAGGGAAAGGGGUGCUGGGCUCUGGCCCGUCGGGCCCUAUUUCUUCACCAAAGAAGCCCACUCUGGAUAAGGACAAGGGGGAAGCCUCAUCCUCAAAGGUGCAGGAGAUCGGGCUCGAUGGGCACAAUAUGGGCCCUAAAGACCCGAAGCCGAGCUGGGAAGGUGCAAGGGCUGCUAAAGCCCAUGUCCAUAAUGGGCCGAAAGGAACAGCCAUGCGGAUUGUUGAGGCCUCUCCCUAUCCCUCUCUGUCGGCCAAAACUGAAACAGAGGUGGCUCCGUCAGCUACUGCUCGGAUCAGACAGAGAAAGAAACAAAACAAGGAGGAAGGUCGGGGAAAUCGUGCCUCUCCCUCCAAAGCUAUGAGCGUUCGGAAAAAUCCCUCCAAGGCUCUGCAAAUUUGGUCUCCCAAGAAGGAGAAGAAAUCCAAACUCAGAGAAAGGAGGGUUUCGGUAACACUUCAGCAAAUUGAGGAAUGA